UGUGGUUUUUCAAAUGUUUCUGCAGGGGAGGGGGGGCGGACUCAGAGCUGCUGUGAGGAAAUGAGUGUCAGUUGUCAGCAGUGAAUCAGAGAGUAAAGAUGAAGCUUCUACUCAGCAGUCUGCUACUCGCCUCUCUUUGUGCCCUCUCAUCUUGGAGUGUUUCAUCUCCAGGCACACCCGCUGUUACCCAGUCCCAUGAUGUCUCUGUGGAGGAGGGGGGGACAGUAGACAUGAGCUGCUGCUGGACACCGAACUUUGACAGAGUGAAAGUUUAUUGGCUGAAAAAUCAAACAGCUAUUAAGGAUGACAUUAUCAACUCGUCCAACUGCUCAAACUUGACCGUUACGAAUGUCACCAGAGAGGAUUCAGGGAGAUACAUCUGCAAUCUGACAGUGGAGAUACCAUAUUUAGCUAUCGUUGUAGGAAAUGGUAUUGUCAUCAUCGUCACGGCCAGAGACGAGACAGAGGACAACACAGCAGGAGGUCUUCUACAGUCUCCCGUGAUAAUUCCCCUGGCUGUGGUGGCCCCAUUGCUCCUCAUCGCUCUUGUGUGUUUCUGCUUUCUGCGACGGAGACAAGCGCAAGCUGCCAGGGUGAUCUACGAGGUUCCCCACAUUAACUCUGAGGAGGCAGAAAUGGACAAACACAGCACCAGCUCCUCCAGAGGUUCUUCCCAGUGGUGUCAGGUACCAGUGUAUGAAUCCUGUGACUACUUUGAACGUGUGGAGAACAAAGAAAGUGAAUGAGGUGUGCUGAUCGGGGACAUUUACUCAUCUUUCAGUAUUUUCUACUUUUCAGCAUGAAUAUAAUGUACAUUAUUUGACUAACCUUUACCUGAAUUAUGCACUUGUGUAUAUUAUUUUUGAUGAGUGUAAAUAUUUGUUUCUAUAAACUCAGUCCUGUCCAUC